CCGUUUCGCAGCUUUACAGAGACUACACAUACAGAGAGAGUUACAGCAUUUUGUCAACAUACUCUCUCUCUCAGUCUCUCACCGAGACACAACAAGCUAAUGACCGAUAUUGAACAAAUCCUAGGAGACCUGAACAAGGACUCCUUUGUUUCCCUCUUGAAAAACAUCAUUGGGGAGUCCAAAUAUGUCCAGAACAACCCACCAGAGUUGAUCCCUGAAGAAGACAGGGUUGUCACACAUGUAUUGAAUUCUCUUCUCCCCUACAGCACCACCACUAGAGGAGGUCCCUUGAUUGUGAAUCAUGUCUCUUGUUUCCCUAAAAGAGGCAAUCUUAUUGUGGAGUACCCUGGUACAGAACCAGGAAAGAUCUUGUCUUUUGUUGGCAUGCACAUGGAUGUUGUUACUGCUAAUCCCAAUGAUUGGGAGUUUGAUCCAUUUUCGUUGAGCAUUGAUGGGGAAAAACUUCGUGGCCGUGGAACCACGGAUUGUUUGGGACAUGUUGCUCUUGUGACUGAACUGAUGAAGAAGUUGGGGGAGACGAAGCUGAAAUUGAAGUCAACAGUAGUUGCAGUCUUUAUAGCCAAUGAGGAGAAUUCUUCCAUAACAGGGGUCGGUGUGGAUGCACUUGUGAAAGAUGGUCUGCUCAAUAAGCUGAAGGGAGGCCCUCUAUUCUGGAUUGACACAGCAGAUAAACAACCUUGCAUUGGUACUGGCGGUAUGAUUCCUUGGAAACUUCACUUCACCGGGAAACUUUUUCAUAGUGGUUUACCACAUAAGGCUAUAAAUCCUUUGGAGCUGGGGAUGGAGGCACUUAAAGAGAUACAGUCUCGAUUUUACGAGGACUUCCCACCCCAUAAGGAAGAGCAAGUAUAUGGAUUUGCAACACCAUCAACAAUGAAGCCAACUCAAUGGAGUUAUCCAGGAGGUGGGAUCAAUCAAAUUCCUGCUGAGUGUACAAUUUCAGGAGAUGUCAGGUUAACACCCUUCUAUAGUGUCAAAGAUGUGAUGGACAAACUACAAGAAUAUGUGGAUGAAAUAAAUGAGAACAUUGAGAAGCUUGACACAAGGGGCCCGGUUUCAAAAUAUGUCCUCCCAGAAGAAAACCUGAGGGGGAGCCUUACUGUGACCUUCAAUGAAGCGUCAUCUGGAGUUGCCUGUGAUCUUAAAUCCCGUGGCUUUGAAGUGUUGUGUAAAGCAACUGAAAAAGUAGUUGGGCAUGUAAAGCCUUACUCAAUCACAGGGACUUUGCCACUAAUUCGAGAGCUGAAAGAUGAAGGUUUUGAUGUUCAAACUACAGGCUACGGUUUAAUGGCCACAUAUCAUGCCAAGAAUGAGUACUGCCUGCUUUCUGAUAUGUGCCAAGGCUACCAGAUUUUUUCCAGCAUCAUCAGUCAAUUAGAAGCUUGAUUUGCAACGAAGUGGAUGUCAUAACAAUACCACCAGAUUCUAGAUGAGAAGCGUGUUAUGUUAAAGAAAUAAAUGACUAUCAUGUAAACUCUGUUAAUUUCUAGUUUUGAAGGGCAUCCAAUAUGCUUCUUUUUUCUCUUUUUCUUUUUUUUUUCGAGUUGCCCCAGCUUCCUGGAAAUUGGAACGUGAUGUUUCCAAUAUAUAUCUGGAUUUUGUUCCAUUUAUAGUUUGUCCUUGGCUUGUAGUAGAUUUGGCACUUGGACAUUAAGCGAUGAUUCUCAUAUCCAGCAUUCCUCUUAUUGAGCUCCCCUGGCAGGACUAGCUGCGUGGAUGUGUUCUCUCACUAAUUUGGGUGUAUCUCGAAAUGGGUAAAUCCUAAACUAGCUCAUUUUUCGUUCUUUCUUUCUUCUUCAGGUUCUGGACGAGGAAGCUCAUUGAUUCUCUUGAUUUUAUCGUUAUGUAAUUUUCUAGGAUUUUGUAUACAUGUAAGCUCAAGUCACGACUAAAUACUAAAAUGUACAUAUCGCUAAAUUAUGUCAUGAUAUUAGACAAGUAAUUUUUAAAGUUUUUUAAA